UUUAAGCUUGUUGCUAGGUAACCACCUAUGUAUUUUGAGUCCUGCGAAACGAAAUUUCUGAGAACGCUAGAACAUUUUGUAAGCCGACAGGCAUAUUAUUUUAAGAGUACAUUUAAACUGCCAAGAUGAGCCAACGGCAAGUUUUACAAGUGUUUGAGCAAUACCAGAAGUCCAGAACUCAAUUCGUUCAAACAAUAGCAGAGUUGUCCACCAGACCUCAGAAUAUUGAAACUUUACAAAAUGCAGGUGUUAUGUCAUUAUUGAGACCACUUCUCCUUGACGUGGUACCAACUGUACAACAAACAGCAGCCCUCGCUUUAGGACGACUUGCUAAUUAUAAUGAUGACUUGGCAGAAGCUGUAGUCAAAGGAGAUAUUCUACCGCAAUUGGUUUACUCAUUGGCCGAACAAAAUAGAUUCUACAAGAAAGCUGCCGCGUUUGUUCUUCGAGCUGUAGCCAAACACUCCCCACAACUUGCACAAUCAGUGGUUGAUUGUGGAGCCCUGGAUGCCUUGGUUAUCUGUCUUGAAGAGUUUGAUCCCGGUGUAAAGGAAUCAGCAGCAUGGGCACUUGGUUAUAUUGCGCGUCAUAAUGCAGAAUUAUCACAAGCUGUUGUGGACGCCGGGGCCGUCCCUUUGCUUGUGCUUUGUAUUCAAGAACCGGAGUUAUCUUUAAAAAGAAUCUCAGCGUCAGCCCUUAGUGACGUGUGCAAACAUAGUCCGGAGCUUGCACAAACUGUUGUGGAUGCGGGAGCCAUCGCACAUCUUGCUCAGAUGAUUCUUAACCCUGAUGCUAAACUUAAGCGUCAAGUGUUCUCAGCAUUGAGCCAAAUCUCGAAGCAUUCAGUGGAUCUGUCAGAGAUGGUGGUUGAAGCCGAGAUCUUCCCAGCCGUCCUUACUUGUCUCAGGGAUCCAGAUGAAUAUGUGAGGAAGAAUGUCGCCACUUUGAUCAGGGAGAUCGCUAAACAUACACCAGAGCUUGCACAGCUCAUAGUAAAUGCUGGUGGAGUGGCAGCCAUUGUAGAUUACGUUGGUGAAUCGAAGGGUAAUGUUCGUCUACCUGGUGUCAUGACACUUGGUUACAUUGCUGCUCACUCAGAUAACUUGGCUAUGGCUGUUAUUGUUUCAAAGGGAGUAAAUCAACUUGCUAUAACUCUUGCUGAAGAGAGCGAGGAUCACAUUAAGGCCGCUGUUGGUUGGUCCUUGGGACAAAUAGGUCGUCAUACCCCUGAGCAUGCAAAGGCAGUUGCUGUGGCUAAUGUUCUGCCUAGACUUCUACAACUUUACUUGGCUGCAAGUAGCUCCGAAGAUCUCCAAAUUAAGUCCAAGAAAGCCUUGAAGAACAUUCUUCAAAAAUGCGUUCAUCUUCAAGCACUUGAGCCACUAUUACACGACGCUCCUGCUAAUGUAUUGAAACAUGUUGUUGGGCAAUACAGCAAGGUACUUCCCCAUGACAGCAAGGCUCGCCGUAUCUUCGUUACAAGCGGUGGUCUCAAGAAGGUCCAAGAAAUCAAAUGUGACCCUGGCUCUGCACUUCAUGAAUAUAUCAGCUCUAUUAACAACUGCUUCCCUGAGGAAAUUGUUCGUUACUACAGUCCUGGUUACUCGGAAGCACUGCUAGAGAGAGUUGAACAGUUCAUACCAACCUCAUAAGCUGGUGGGUUGGUGAACAGUGUUGCCCAUAUUUUUAAGUAUUUUUUAUAAAGUUUGUAAAUUUGGUGGCAACACCAAAAAUUCAUGAUUCUUUAGAAACUUGUAGUGUUGUAUAUAAGACAGAUUAUUACAGUUGUUUUAUAUUGUGUCUUUGUAUUUUACCAGGUACAAUCUGAAUAAACUCGCGUGUUAAAUAUGA